GAGAAUGGGGAAGGAAAAAUGCACGUGUUGGCAAUUUCAAGAGAUGUUUAAUAUAGUUCAGAAUUUGGAGAAAUGAAACAAUUACACGGCAGCAGCCUUUUGUUUUUUAACACCAUUUUACCGCUCACAAUCAAAAGACACUGAUAUUUUAGGAUGCAGCAACUGGUUUUUCGUGCUUUUCUUUGGGUGCUGCUUCCCUUUACUUUAUGUCAGGACAAUACAUGUGCAUUAGAUGGGAAAGAUGGCGUGAAUGGAGUCCCUGGCAGAGGCGGCUUACCAGGAGCAAAGGGAGAGAAAGGGGCACCAGUAUUACAGGAUAAACUGAGCAGUAUCACAAUGCAGGAACUCAAAGGAGAGACGGGAAUCAGAGGCUCUCCAGGAGAACCUGGUCCAAAGGGUUUCAUAGGUGCACAAGGACUAAAAGGUAUCCCUGGUCCUAAGGGUCCUAGAGGAUCCAGUGGUGGCAGUGAUGGCAGUGGAGGCAAUGCAAAUAAAAAGCCAGCUUUCUCUGUGCUGCGAAACACAGCAAAUUUGGCUUCAUAUGGUCAGCCUGUGGACUUUGAUAAAGAACUUAGCAAUGUUGAUAAUGAUUUCAACCUUAGAACUGGCAAAUUCACUUGCAAGGUUCCUGGGGUGUAUUACUUUGUGUUUCAUGCGUCAUCUGAAGGACAAUUAUGCCUAAGACUUAAAAAUAACAGGAAUGAAGUGAACAGCCUGAAUUUCUGUGACUUAAACCCACGAUCAUCAUCAGCUGUUGUGUCAGGUGGAGCUGUGCUUCAACUAACUAAAAAUGACAAUGUAUGGAUUGAGCCUUUCACAAAAAGUACUGGCAAGCAAAUGCCCAAAAGCAUGUCAGCUGUGUUCAAUGGAUUUUUAAUCCAUCGCGACUUUUAAUAGUCUAUUAAAGAUGACGCAAUGGCUUACUGACUGCGGUGGUGAUGUAUAGCAGUGAUGUAAACAUUAAUGAAAAUCUAACCUGAUCUGUUGCAUGCCGCAUUCAAAUCUUGUAUUCAUGUAUCUUGCCUGUAUUAAAACUGCUUUGUUGUCUUUUUAUAAAUGUCUCCAAUUAACUAAAUAAAAGCAUAUGAACAUGA